AUGGACGCCAGCGGCGUUUACGUGCGGGAAAGAGGCAAACUGCGUCGUAUCGGCGACACCGUGCUAAACCCCGUGGCCUCCUCGCCUUCAUCUUGUCGGCGGACCAACGCGCUGGUGCUUCGGAAGAAACACUUCGUGUUCACAUACAACGCGGAGGGCAGCUUGCGCUACAGCAGCAAGUCGCUGUUCGACAUUGCUCUGCUCUUCGUGGCCGGCAACGUGCACCACGUGGACUCACUGGUGGGCUUUCCCGAGCAGAUAGGUGACAGACUGUUCGCGGCGGCCGAGAAGAACCGUGUCUUCUUGAAGCCGGACGUCUCCCCCAAAGCCCUUCGACUCUUUAGCGAUGCCUACGGAGAUAUGGUGCUUGGCUCCCUCUGCCUCAGGAACAGAUUUCCUCUACUGAGUGAGCGCAUGGCUGACAUCAAGACCUUCCACAGUUUGAAGUGUUUGGACCUGUUUGGCUGUCGACUGGGCGACAACCACGAGAUAUUCCAGCACCUGACGUCCACCUCGUUGGCGAGCUGCUUAAUUCAGCUCUUCAUCGGCGGCAACGGUCUGUCUGAUGAAGGCCUGCAACGACUAACUGCACCUGUGAGGAUGAUGAGGAAAGGACUGGACUGUCUUCAGUGCCUUGAUGUUUCAUACAAUCCUAUUUCUGAGAGGGCUCUCCACUACUUGAAGUGUCUCCCAAAGCUUGAAAAACUGGAUGUAACUGGAACUGGCAUGACGUUUGGCACCAGGCUUAAGUUGACCAUGUGGGAGCUGCUGAGCCUUACUUAUUCCGAGAAAGCGUUGCAUGUCUUUGACCACUCUGGUUGUAAAACACAAGGAUGGGCAGAGCAGGUGGUAAACCAAUGGGAAACUAAUGGAGCACAAAUGCCCAAACAGAAGAGACUUGAUGAGUCAAGAAUAUCAGCUCUUCGCUUUUUUGGUAGACAGAAGUUCGUCCGAGAGGUGUUGAAUGCAGCACCGUUAUCUCACAACAGAGAUGCAACAGCACAGGAAGAUCAGCGUCUGCACUUUUACAAACCUCCAGCCAGCAGUGCCACAGAUGCUCCUUCCACUGACAUUACUUUCUGGACCUCAGCUAACAAAAGGAAGCGGCCGUCUGAAAAGUGUUGCGACGGUGUGAAUGCGAGCCUGCCGGUGAAACGUGUAUCCUCAACCGCGUUGACCGCUGAGGACAUGGACUUGUUGGACCAAUACUGA